AUGUUCAACUACUUCCUAAAGGGAUUCAACAAGUGUCAUAGUAGGACUGAUGUGGUGCACCUAAGCAAACAAUUUGUAAAGAACAUUUACCACUUUGACACGUAUGAAAUAUCUCUAUGCUUAAACAAGUUCUCCAAGGCAAAUUUUCAGGAUAAAGAAUUUUGGAAUAAUGUCUGUCGUGCAAUCACGACAACUGAUGACAAGGUGAUUGCCAAGUUUAAGAUUCGAAAGAAGUUCAGCAAGGUUAGUCAAGUUGGAGAAAGAGGAGGUGAAAUAAUUCCUACUAAUGCAUGGCAAAAUGAUGUAACCGAUACGUAUGAAAAACAGAGUGAGGAAAAGAAGUGCACUCAGAGAGCACUACAAAAUUGGGAAAGUAGAAACGAUUCAAAUGAUAAUCUGUCAAACAAUAAUACACACCCUGUUGAUGAUGACAGGAAAGACAAAUUACUUUACCACUUCAACAUGGAGGAGUUAUGCUUAGUUGUAAAUGCAUUGGCAAAGGUGAAUGUGAGGAAUGAUGAAAUAUUGAAACUUGCAUCGCAGAAAAUAAUUACUGAGUUUGAUUUGAAUACGCACAUGGUAAACAUGAUCAAGGCUAUUAGCAGGUUUGCAGGAGUUGGACGUGUUGGCAGAUUAUCGAGGGAUGAGCUGGGCCAAAGCCAAGAACCAAAUCUGUUUCCACUGGAAGAAGCACUGGAAAAAGUGUACCAAAAUUACAACCAUGUGAAGAAAAACCUCACAGAGAGAGAUAUUUGCAUUUUGAUUCAUCUAAUGUUAACUAAAGAAAUUGAAACAACCCGGGAAGAAGCGAAUGAAGAAAGUAGUACUAAUAAGAAUGAUCUCCAAGAUGGACAAGUGAAAGAAAGAAAAAAAAAAAAAAAACUGAACGAAAUGGCUUAUAAAAUAAGAGGAAAACUAAUAAACAGCAUAAAAAAAAUAAACCAUAUAAGUGAACAAAGCAUAGCAUUAAUUUUAAACGCUUGUAGUAAAUCUUGUACAAAAAAUAAAAAUCUUUUAGAUAUACUUAAGAUUAUUAUAAUUUUAAAAUUAAAAGAGGAAAAGAAUACAUGUUCGGACAUAUUCGUCAGCAGUAUCACACAUUCCUAUUCUUCUUUCUACUAUAGAGAUAAAAUUCUAUAUGAUACUAUAUCUGAACAUGUAUGUAUGAACAUUGAUAAAAUAAGCGUCAAGGCACUUAUAAUAAUUCUUAACAGUUUUGUUAAUGUGGACAUUCUGAAUAUAAAAAUGUUUAAUGCUUCCUUCAACAGAUUAGCAAAGAGGGAAGUCAUAAAUUCUUUAUCUAAUCAGUGCACUUCAAAUUUAAUCACCAUUAUUACAAAGUGUUACAGUUAUUUGAACACAGAAAAGACACACUUUAUUUUGUCUCUCGUGAAGAGGCGCAUCAGACGAGAUUUUGCCAGGGCAACACAAGGUCCGAGGGGCAUGGCACCGAUCAGUCUAUUACAAAGUGGGAGAUUCAUAGAGGAUCGAGACAAAAAUGACGGGAUCAGAGGAGAUCUAGCCAAAGAUGACGGGUUCAGAGGAGAUUUAGCCAAAGAUGAUGGGAUCAGAGGAGAUCUAGCCAAAGAUGACGGGUUCAGAGGAGAUCUAGCCAAAGAUGACAGGUUCAGAGGAUAUCUAGCCAAAGAUGACAGGUUCAGAGGAAAUUGGGCCAAACCCGAACGAUUUAACGAACCUGUCUGCCAAACCAAACAAGCAAAAGGGAACGUCUUCAUCGAGGGGUUCCUCACACAGCACUUGACCAACAUAAUAAACAACUUAAGCAAGUUAAACCAAGCAGAUAUGAACAUGUUCAAAAUAUUUUCUCAUCUUAUUUUAAAAAAAAAAAAAGAAAUUAAUAAAUUGGAUUUGAUGAACAUUACAAGUGCAUAUGCAAGAUCUGGCUAUGUCGACAUGGAAAUGUACGAACUCAUCAAACAUUAUGCACGAAAGUAUUUGAAGAAUGAAAACUUGAAGUAUGUGGAAUUUAUAAAUUUGUUUACUAGCAUGGGGACAUUUUCUUUAAUUGAAAAGAAUUACAAAUGGAGCAGCCCCAUGGAAGGUUCAACAUGCAAAUUUCAAGACAUCAUUUGUAUCAUGAUGAAUCGAUUAAAGGGUGAUACUACUAGUACGGCUCAAGUUCAUGGGGUCAACUGGGUUUAUCACCAACGUGGAGAUAAUAACAGCUCUCGUCCGCUUGGUGAAAGUUCUUCGAUUAGAUCAGUCAUUGUUACAGGGUGCAAAAAAAUGUCUUCAAAAUUGCCACAAAAGGAGGAGGUGCAAAAUGAACGCAACGACACACACAGGAGUAGUAGCAACUACUAUGCGUGCAUCAAUGAGAGGAAAAACAUCAUUGAGAAUUUGAACAUAAAGCAUACAUGCUGCAUCCUCUCUACGAUGAGUAAGCUGAACACACACGACAAACAAAUUUAUGAAGAGUGCAUAAAAAAUUUAAAAAAGAAAAUAUUUAAAAUGGACUCGAGAUGUUUGACAAUGUAUUUAUUGUACGUAAGCAAGUUUAAUAUCACCCCCGAUCGUUACAUCAGGGACCUCAUAUCCAAGUGUUUCAAGUUCAUGCAUUUCCAAAAUGGAAACGUGGAAUUGACAACAAUACAAGGUGAUAAGAACGGAUUCCUGAAUAAGAUGAAGAAUCUGCAUGCUCAAUUACAAACAGAAGACAUUGUAAAUGCAGUGUAUAUCAUUAGGAGCCUCAUAAAGAAUAACAUCGAUUAUAGAAGCAGUAUGUACAUCAUAUAUGCAUACUUGCAGCUUAUAUACAGAGUUGUCAUAUCCAAAAGUAGGUGCAAAAAUAAACAGAAUAGAUGUAGGGAAGACCAAAACAUUAUAAAACUUGGAGAAUCACAACAUGAGGAGCCCAUCAUUACCACGUUAAUAAAAAACCGCAAGUUAAACACACAAACGGCUUGCAUCUUAAUGAACUCACUAGCCUUCUUAAAUACACAUAUCUAUUUUCAAAAUGAGGAAUAUUCAAAGAUGCUUUCAUGGCUUCUACUAUUCUCAUUUAAGUUCAUGUUUGACAAACUGGAUAUAAGACAAGAAUCAUUGGAUAAGUUACUUUACCCAGACAUAAGUCAGAAAAAAGAGGAAAAAAUUAACGAAAUAAAAAAUAUAAUAAAAAAAAAAAUAGACUCAGCAAGUAUUCGUCAGUUAAACAUGACCAUUUUGAUGUCAUUCCACUUUUAUUCAUUCAACAUCUUUUUCAAUUCACCCAAAUGGAAAAUGACUAGUAAUUUAGCUAGUUACCCACUAAACCUGUUAAAAUAUUUCUACUUUUUUUUAAAAUAUACUCCCUUUACACAUUUUGAGAAAUAUUCGUCAAUAUACAAUUUGAUGAAUAAUACUAAAAAAUUCAUAAAUUAUUUCGAUGACGUCUCUUCUAAGAUAGAUUCCAUUACUCCAUAUAUGUGCCAUAAGAAUAACAACAAUAACACUGCACUAUUAACCUGCAGUACAGAACCAUUCCCCACAAUCUCAAAAGGUGAAAUGAGCAUAUACCGUACUGUCAGGCAAGUUCUCAAGAAAAACAAUUGUCAAGACAGGUACAUUGUUUUAUCCACAUUAACACUUUACAUGUAUUCUGUCGAUCUCCUCAUUGUACAAAAGUGUCAAGAGACCAACCUUCCUUCGCGAAACCAUCACGCCGAGGAAGAAGUGGACGACAAGAAGGAGAAAAAAAAGGAAUGCAUAAAACUAUGUAGAUGA